GAGUGAAAAUGAAAAGAUUUUCACUUUAGUGUUGAGUCAUCAAUCCUUUCUCUGUCCACUUUGGUCGAACUCUGAACUUCCUACCUCGAAAACGACCCAAUACAACGCGCACCAUUCUCUCUCUUCCUGUACCGUCCCAUGUGCCGUUCAUCUUUCUCAUUUCCAUGGCGUCCUAGAUUAGGGUUUUUCAUCUGCUGAAUAAUUCAGCUCGAUCUCACUCUUUCCUAUCAAUUUCGACCGUCAUUAAUGGCGGAAGAACGAUUCACUAGAAUUUUGGUUCAAGCUUUAACUACCGUUGACAAAGGAGUGACUAAUCCCUCUUUGCGAAUUAUUGAUCGGACUCCAAUUGUUCAAAUACUUCCCGAUUCUGAGCUUGUUGAAGCUCCUCCCCAAGCCCCAAAGGCGGAAAUUGCUGCUGUAGGUAGGAAAAAGCGUGGACGACCUCCAAGGAAUCCUGGAGGAGUUUCGUCUCCUGCUGCUUGUUCUUCUCCAGCGACUGUGAAUAGUAAGAAGAUUAAGAAGGAAAAAGAAGAUGAAGAUGUUUGCUUUAUUUGCUUUGAUGGUGGAAACCUCGUGCUUUGUGACUAUCGGGAUUGCCCUAAGGCGUACCAUCCUGCUUGUGUUAAACGAGACGAGUCGUUCUUUCUGCCAAAUAUACGAUGGAAUUGUGGUUGGCAUUUAUGUAACUUCUGCCAGAGAAAUGCUCUCUUUAUGUGUUACACUUGCCCUUACUCUUUAUGCAAGAAAUGCGUCAAGCAAGCAGAUAUUUUGUGCGUCAGAGGGAACAAAGGUUUCUGUCGAACAUGCAUGACAACUAUUAUGCUAAUUGAAAAUAUCUCCCAGGGGACCAAGGAGCAGGUUCAAGUAGAUUUUGAUGAUACUACUAGUUGGGAAUACCUUUUUAAGGUAUACUGGAUCUAUCUGAAAGAGAAAGAAGCUCUAACUUUAGAUGAGCUAACUCGAGCUGCUAAUCCCUGGAAAGUAUGUGGGGUUGAAAAUAGUAACUUUCAGCAGAAAAGAACCGGGACGACCUCUAUCUCUAAUGUUUCAGAUGUAAGUAGUAGCAAUGUACAAUUAGAAACAAAUUCUUUAAAGAGAAGAAAGAUAAGAAAGCAGCCGCAGUUGCAGAAUCUGGAUUCACAAAACAUUGUGGAAUCAAAUGUAAAUAGGAAACAGUAUUUGCAUGCAGCUGAUGAUUGGGCGACCAAAGAACUUCUGGAAUUCGUUGCACAUAUGAAAAAUGGUGAAACAUCUGUUCUAUCUCAGUUUGAUGUUCAGGCUCUUCUACUGAAUUACAUAAAGAACAACAAUCUUCGUGAUCCUCGCCGGAAAUGUCAAAUUAUUUGUGAUAGAAGGUUGGAAAGUUUGUUUGGAAAGGAGCGUGUGGGUCAUUUCGAAAUGCUCAAGCUGCUUGAAUAUCACUUCAAAGAAGAAUCUCAUACCAAUGGUGUGAUUAGGGGUGCAGCUGUUGACCCUUUUACUGGACAGCUGGAGAAUGAUGAAUUUUGUGGAGAUACUCUGACUCUGAGUAGAGAAACUAGGCGGCAAACUCGUAGAAAGGUUGAAGAAAAAGACCUGAAGGUCAAACUGGAUAGUUAUGCAGCCAUUGAUGUCCAUAAUAUUAAUUUAAUUUACCUGAAGAGGAGUUUGUUGGAAAACAUAAUAGGAGACACAGAAAGUUUUCAUGAUAAAGUUGUAGGUUCAGUUGUUCGAAUUAGGAUAUCCAGCAAUGACCAAAAACAUGACAUGUAUCGCUUGGUGAGAAUCAUAGGUACAUGUAAGGGAGCUGAGCCCUCUAAAGCAGGUGAUAAGACUAGCAGUUUGAUGCUUAAGAUUUUAAAUUUGAACAAGAUAGAAGAUAUUGCAAUUGAUUCAAUUUCAGAUCAAGAGUUCUCUGAGGAUGAGUGCAGACGUUUACGGCAAAGUAUAAAGUUGGGUCUUGUUGAGAGGAUGACGGUGGGAGAAAUCCAGGAGAAAGCAAUGGCACUGCAGUCUGUGAGGGUUAAUGAUUUGCUUGAAACAGAGAUAAGGAGGCUUAAUCAUCUUAGGGACCGAGCUAGUGAGAUGGGGCAUCGUAAGGAGCUUAGAGAAUGCGUGGAGAAAAUAGAGCUUCUGAAGUCACCUGAAGAACGUUUACGUAGGAUUCAAGAAAUUCCAGAUGUGCAUGCUGAUCCAAAAAUGGAUCCUAGUUAUGGCUCUGAUGAUGAUUCUGGUGAGCCAGACAUUAAAAAACAAGAUGUGUUUGUGACGCCAAAAUACUCAACGUCCAGUGCAAAGGAUGUGAAGUUAAUUUCUCCUGUAAGAGCGAGGGAUAUGCUGAGAGACGACAGGACCAGGGUACAAAAAGUCUCCUUGGAAAAUGUAGAGCGCAACAGAAAGCCCUCUGCAAAAUUUCCUGCUAGGAAAGUUGAGAGUGUUACAAGAUCCUUUGAGCCCUCUCACAAAACUGAAAGACUUGAUGCUUUGAAAGCCCUGAAAGAGUUCAACAAUCGGGCAGAUCUGGGUGUUUCCGGUAAUUGUGGUAAUGUGAAAAUUGGAUGUAUUGCUCCAGAGGUGUCAGAUUCUGCAACAACUAUUUCUUCGCGGAUGCUUGUCUCUGAUAUUACUGAACUUGAGAAAAUUUGGCAUUAUCGGGAUCCAUCAGGCAAAGUUCAAGGACCAUUCUGCAUGUUGCAGCUGCGUAAGUGGGAUUCAAACGGUUUUUUCCCUGCUGAUUUAAGGGUAUGGAAGAUUACUGAAACUCCAGAUCAGUCCAUACUCUUGACUGAUGCAUUAAGGAAGCAGCAAUCUAGUGAGCCCGGGUCUCAUGUUGAGCGGCAUCUGAGUUUGCCGUCUUUUAAUGGUGGAGUUGAAUCUAAUGACAGGAAAGUUGAUUUUAGUGAACAAUUGAGUUGUAAAACUGAAGUCUCUUCUGUGGGUGAAAAGUCAAAUGAAGAAGGCAGCAAUAAAAACUCAGCUGCUGCUUCUGAUGCUAUUGAUCUGCCAAUGAAGGACUGCAAUAAUCUUCUAUUGUCUGAUUAUCAAGGGGGAAAUGGUCAAUCUGGGCUUGAUAUCAAAGCACGACUUAUCGAGAGUUUGUUUGACACUGAAGAACCUUGUUCAGUUGCUACUCCUAAUGGGUCAUCUGAAACAAUGCACCUUACCAAUUUUGAAUCUUCUCAUCCAUAUACUUCAUCAAAAUCUGAGAAUGUAGACUUGGAAUGUCAGGCUGUGAAAAGUCAACCUUCCAGUCCAAAUGCUGUCCAACAGGAUCUUCUAAAUUCAACGCCACAGUCCAACCUCGAGGAUUCGAAGAAUCUCACAUCAAAGAAUGAUAACCUGGUCACAUCUUCUGUAUCUAAAGACUUGGAUACUGGCUGUGGAACAAAAUCCAGUGCAACCCAGUUCUCUGAUCCACUAAGUGUUACGCCAAAGAUGGAAGUUAAGGAUGUGAAUGGUCAUGAUACUGAAAAUGAACAUCUGGCUGUCUCAGCUGGCCUUUGGCAUGAUUUAGGUACAGGUAGUUCUGUGUCUGGAGGAAUUGAUACCUCUAUUCUGCCAAUUGCUUCUGUAAAAAUGGAGAAUCAGUGCUCGAGGCCGCAUGCUGUAAAAAAUAAGAACUCUGUUUGUUCUGAAGUUCCUGGGCAAGUUUCUGAAGCAAUUUGGAGUACUAUUUCUAUUGAAACUGACCUAUCCAUUUUUCCCAGAAAUAAUUCAAAUAUGGAAGGCACAAAAGCACAUGCUGUUGAAAACAAACACGGUAAUGUGUCUGAGAACAAUUUUGGAACCAGCUGGAGUACAUCUGCUGGCAUUGUAUUUUCUAAUCUAACUAGCACAGCGACAAAGCUGGAAACUAAUAGCUUGGAGACUUCUGUAGAAAAUAAGACAUGUGGUGGUACAAAUCUACCUGGGCAUUCAGGAAAUGGGUGGAGUUGUAUGUCUGAAGGAAUAGAAUUAUCUGAUCUUCCUACUACCUCACUAAAGAUGGAUGAAGCUUCGAGAAAUCAAGUACUGGGAAAUAAAAAUUCUGAGAUUGUGAAUGUGUCUAGACAAGAUUCGUGUAUUUCUUGGAGCACUGCUUCCAGUUUAGUAGGUCAGGAAGUUCAUCUUCCAGAUGUUGCCAGUGAAUGGGAUGCAUUUUCUUCAGUGCAUACAAAAACUGUUGAUGAUUUCCACUCCGGCCUAGUCUCUGGAUCAUUAGAAGUUUCCGGUGACAUUGCAAACCCUACUUCUCAUAGUUGUCAGUUAACUAUUCCUCUUUGUGAUACAUCAAACUGGCAGCCCAUCGAACUUAGCACUUUAGGUGAUGAUUCUGUUUCUGAUCUUUUGUCCGAAGUUGAGGCGAUGGAGUCUCUAAGAGGCAUUUCAUUCCCAACUUCUAGAAUGAAUUGUGGACAAGACUCAAUUGACUCAGGAGAUGAUUGUUUUAGCCCUCUUGGAGGGCUGAGCCCUAAUCUCAAUCCUGGAAAGAAUGAUACUUUGACUUCCACAGCUGAUAUGCAUUUUCAUGUCCAUCCUAACAUCACUCAUCAAUCAGAUGGUUCUUUUACUAUUCACGAUCCGAGCACUUGCAUUCUCUCUACUGGAAGCUCUGCUAUGGAUCAAGUCAAGCCAGCCAUUGUGUCGAUGCCUCUCCAUAAUUUUUUUUCUGAAUCUCCAAUGUCUGUUGUGCUGCCACCAUUAGCAUCAUUACCUCCACCCCAACAGCCACCAAUGCCAUCACCAUCUCCGCAGCCUUUACCUCCACCACAACGGCCACCAAUGUCAUCACCAUCUCCGCAGCCAGCACCUCCACCACAACCACCAUUGUCAUCACCAUCUCCACAGCCACUACCUCCACUACAACAGCCACCAUUGUCAUCACCAUCUCCCCAGCCAUUACAUCCACCACAACAGCCACCUAUGUCAUCACCAUCUCAGCAGCCAUUACCUACACAACAGCCACCAAUGUCAUCACCAUCUCAGCAGUCAUUACCUACACCACAACAGCCACCAAUGUCAUCACCAUCUCCGCAGCCAACACCUCCACAACAGCCACCAAUGUCAUCACCAUCUCCACAGCCAUUAGCUCUAACUCAAAAGCCACCAAUGUCAUCACCAUCUCCACAGCCAUUGCCUCUACAACAACCACCCACAUCAUCACCAUCUCCGCAGCCACCCCCACUUGUAUCAUUACCAGCACCAUUCCCGCCUGCAUCAGUGUCAAUGUCAUCCCCAUCACAACCUCCAUCAAUACCUCUGCCUCUGCCUCCAUUAUCAUCAUCACCUCCUCCACCUCCAUCAAUACCAUUAACACCGCGACCAUCAAUAUCUUUUCCACCACCUCCAGUGUUGAUAACACCGCAGCUUCCGCCGUCAUCUCCAGCAUCAUUACCACCACCACCGCCACCACCACCCAAAGAAAAAUUGCCUUCUCCGCCACCCCAACCACCACCACCACCACAACCCAAAGAAAAAUUGCCUUCACCGCCACCUCAACCACCACCACCCUCACCCUCCACCUUGAGCCUAAACCGUCCAUUAAGUUCUCGCAAGGAGGGAGAGACGGGCCCUGCUCGUUCAAUGCAGCAUCAUACAAAAGUGGCUCGUCAUCAUCAACCUUCACACACUGCCUGCAUCAAAGUGACAGCUGCAGACUCGCGGAAACAGGGUUCAGAGAAAACUAGUACUGAUCAGGAAUUCUCUGUGCAUCCAAAUGGUAAAUUUUCUGCAACAGAUUCCAUUUUGGGAACGCCUAAUCUACAUUGGAACACUUCUGGCCCAGGGAUGGCUGCUGCUAGUGUGAACCCGCAUCGCAACAGUUCAGUGGGAAGUCAAGGUACCAGAGGUUCAAAUCAGACAUCGCCAAGAUAUAGUAGUAGUCAUAAUGUGGGGAGACACUCGGGUUCUAAAGACAGGAGUCACCACCAUCAUGGCGUGGAUUCAGGUUUUAGUAAGAGUAGGCCAACUUCAUGGAACAGACAGCCUUCUUUUGGCGGAGGGGGAGGAGGGUCUUCAAGGCCUCCUCCUAGAGGGCAGCGUGUUGUUUGUAAAUUUUAUGAAAGUGGGUAUUGCAAGAAGGGUGCAUCCUGUAAGUAUUUGCACCCUUCUUAAUUUGAAGAUACCCACAUUGAUUUGUAUCAAUUAAAAUUUAUGUAGAUUGUAAUUGUUGUAUACCAAUAUUUAUUCCAUAAAUUAAAGAUCGUGUAGAAGCGGAGAGAAUUAAGAAAAAAAAAAAAGAGGGUUUUUUUGGUAAAAAAUUAUUAUUUGUUGUUUAAAAAUUUUUGAUACUCAAAUGAAAUUACGAUUACACUCCCUUAAUUAAUGAAUAAAAAGAACAGAAAAACGAUCAUUUGUAAUAUC